GGGAAGGGGAUUGCACAACACCUCUUGCCUGUCAGAAGAUCUGGUGGUGGCGAACCAGUGUAGGCAUGCCAGAGCUGCUAGGACAAGCAAGAAACGAGGUGAUUGCAGUAGACUGGAAGGGACUGAAAGAUGUGGACCAAAUCAAUAUGGACAGCACCAGUUCACUACAUGGCAGCAGCUUCCAUCGUCCUUCUACUGAGCAAACACGGACAGAUUUCUCCUGGGAUGGUAUCAAUGAGUUUGUAGGAAGUGUAUUUUAUCAUUUUCAGCUGUAUACAGAACUGGAACAGGGCAGCAUGUCCAUGGAGGAUUGGAAGCAGCCGAAGGGAGGCUUCUCACAGCCUGAUUCUGCCUUUGCCACUGGCCUUACCUCAUUCAGUACCACACUCUCCAUGGAAGAUACAACCUCCAUCCUCCCCAAGCUGAAACGUAACUCCAAUGCUUAUGGGAUUGGGGCUUUGGCUAAAUCAUCUUUCUCUGGGAUAUCCCGCAGCAUGAAGGACCAUGUCACAAAGCCAACGGCUAUGGGCCAAGGCCGUGUGGCUCACAUGAUUGAAUGGCAAGGUUGGGGUAAAGGUAACAGCCAGCAGCAGCAACAUACGCAUGAGACGGCACGCAAAGAUGCUGAUGCCUACUCAGACCUGAGUGACGGCGAAAAGGAGGCCCGGUUCCUUGCAGGAGUGAUGGAGCAAUUUGCUAUAUCAGAGGCGACUCUCAUGGCCUGGUCCUCCAUGGAUGGUGAGGAUGUGAGUGUAAACUCAAAUCAGGAGAAUCCAGCGGGCAACUACUCUGAGAAUUAUCAGGAACUAAUGGAGAGCCAAGAGCACAUGGCCCAGACGCAGUAUGAUAGCUGGCCUCAUUCCUACGUCUCACAGGGCAUGUAUUGCUUAGGUUCAUCUGAUGCCUGGGAGACCAGCGAUCAGUCCCUCAUUGCUUCCCCUGCAACUGGCUCCUACUUAGGCCAGAAUUUUGAUGAAUCGCAGACAAACCUUCAGGAAAGUAUUUUGAUUCAGAGCAGCCUUCUCCAGCAGCAACAGCUGCAGCAACAGCAGCAGGAGCAAAACUUCAUCCAGAGCACGGGGCUGGUCCAUGUGUGGCCUCUGCAGACUGCGCAGGGUGGAAGUGGCGCUGAAUCCAGCACUUACAUGGAGGACCACCUUGAGGAUAAUGGGAACCCACGGCUGGAGAAGGCUCCUCUCCUAAACAAGAAGCCCUCUCCAGAGGAAGAUGAUGUAGUAUGCCGGGACCUGGAAUCACUGUCUCCUCGAGAGGAGAUGGAACAUGCUGCGCUGAGCCGCAAAGUCUCUGAUGUUACCUCUUCUGGGGUGCAGUCUUUUGAUGAGGAAGAGGGAGAAACAAACAACUAAUGGUUUUUGUGAAAUUCUCAUCACUGCUGAAAAAAGAGUGGGGUGGCAAGGAAUGAAAUGACAGGGAUUAUUCUCUCCAGCUCCCCAUACUUCCAAGCAGACACACUUUCAGUUUCUGACGUUUAAUUAUUUUUUUAAACAAGAGGAAAAUCUCAAAGUGAUUGACACACAAAGACCUCUUCUUUCCCUCUACAAUGGACACAUAUUUUCAAUUUUCAUUGCUCUGAGCAAUGCACCUGAGGUGCUUGGAGAGAUCUGGAUUGGUAAAUCAUUUCUAAAUCUUUUAAAUACAAAGUCUUGGCUCUGGAUUCAAACUAUUCUGGUAUAGGGAUAUGGCUGAUGCAAUAGGCUUGAUAUAGGGAGUGGCUUUGUGGCUAAAAUCCAUUCUGGCAGAAUGGAUAUUGCUUUGUGGACAUGAUGUUUUUAAUAGAAUAUAUGAAUAUAGACUGUUUUAAAAUGAAGAUAUGGCUUUACAAAUAUAGAUUGCACUAGUAUAGUGAUUGUGGCUGCUACAGAGAAUAAGGCUGUAUUCAAUACAGACUGUACUGAGAUGAAGGAUUCACUGUGUAACCAGAUCCUCAAUAGCACCUUGAUAUGAAAUUGUAGGCUCAGUGGAUACAGACUGCGCUCCAUGGGCAUGGGCUGUGCUGCAGUACAGAUGGCCUGGCUCUGUGUGCAUGGCUGUACUGUGGCAUGGAGGAAUGAGUGCAGAUAUGUAUCUAACCCUGCUCUGAGAUACUCACGCUUUGGUUUCUUUGUAGUCUUUAAUUUAUUUGUUUCUCUCUUUGACAUUUCUAUCCUCCCAGGAGCUGGCAGGAAUGCUGUGUCCUUUUGGCAUUGGGCACCGAAUACCAGUAGAAAGGACUUUGUCAGCUACUGAGUCAGUCACCAAGAGCUGACUCUUGUGGGGGGCUUGAGAACAUGUCCAUCUUGGUGCUGCUGCAGCAUCCUUAUGUCUUUUCCUUUGCCAGCAACAUUGGCAGACCAAGAGAGUCUGCAGAUCCAGGAAUAGCAUGUACAGCUAUGAGAUCACAGAUUUCCAGUUUACACUGGAAUUUUCAGUUGUUGCUUUUUUUAAAAAAAACUUUUUAUAUUGCUGUUUAAGUGUUCCUAAAAAAGCAGUUAGUAGUGGUGAAGGCCUGUUCUCCCGUCGUUACUUAUUAUAAAUACUGCACCUUUCCCAUUUCUGCCACUCCUUCUGCAGUGCCAAACACAGAUGGAGGAAAGGGGCUAGAGACAAAGUUUCUUCCUAUUUCUUUCUUCUCCUUGAUUAUAUAUUUUUUUUUUCUUUUGUUUUCCUACCUUCAGACAAUGUAAAUAACAGUCAAAGCUUGGUCUGUUUCUUUUGCCCCAUCUCUGCUCUUUUUUUAGGAGUGGAGAAAGCUGAUUUUACAAAUUUUUUCUAUUUUUUGGGGUUCUGGUUUUUUUUUCUUUCUUUUUUAUGUUAAAAAAAUUACAGUUUGUUGACUGGUGGGAAUUUGGUCUCUCACAGUUCCUCACUGUGUUUCUAUGGACCUCCUUUUGAAGGGAAAGGACUUUGUAAGGUAACUAAAAAACUGUCUUCUCUUAAGCUUUCACCAGGAAACAAAUGGGAACAGAAAUAAAAGAAAAAAAAUUGUACAAGGCUAUUGAUUUUGCUAGAGGGCUGAACAGAACAGUGGAAAUUACACAUGUUGAGUUUUAAUUGCAAUAUCUCUAGGAAUGAAGCAUCAGCAAAGCAUGGGUUUAGAUGGGAUACUAGAUCUGAUGAGCUAGAGGGAGGAAUUUGCCUGGACGCUGCCAUACUGUGCUAGGGGCAUCACUUCCUACUUUCUCUGAUUCAUAUCUACUCUGUUCAAUUCAUCAAGUGUUUGUCUAUUCCUCUUCAGGCUUGUAUUUUUGGAUUACAGGAGAAUGAUACGUGCUCACUUCCUGAUUCAGCUUUAGACUCAUCAAGAAUGUCUAAGGAGAGUGAAAUGUGACCAAAAUAGCAUCAUCAGACGUCAGAGUUCAGACAGCUCCUGGCAAGCAAAGUAGCCUAUGUCCAGGAGUUAUGAAAAAUACAAAUGGGACUCUCAGGUAAAACUUUAUCCCACUCAGCUUUCUCUCACAUUGGCAGCUGUAUGAAGAGGGAAGUCUAAGAACUCCCAGGUCUUUCCAGCCCUGACCAUUUCAAGAGGAUGUCUUCCCUCUCUGUUGUUCUUCUAAAGGAAAAGACCUCUGGGAUUUUUAAGUAAGAUUGAUAAUUUGGUGUAGGUAAGAGAUAAAAACUUUUGUGACCCUUUUUUUUAGUCAAUUUCCUUGGGCUUUCUUAAAUCUGUCAUAGGAAGUAGCUCUUCUCCUGAAUGAUGGACUUUCAAUUUCUCUGUGCAGAUGUUUACACAUUCAAGUGCUAACUUCCCUUGGGCAGCAGCACUUGUUAACAGUUCUUUCAGGGUCUCUGCUAGCUCAUUUUCCUGAACUGGCUUUGAUCUAGUUGUGGAUCAGUGCCAGGAAAUCACACUAACCAGAGCAGGGGACAGUGCAAGUGCCAAGGGUACCUCAGCAGAGGACAAAUGAGGAAGUGUUAGUCUUUUGUUACUUCCUAAAAAAAAAACCAAACCUUCAGGGAAACAGAAUAGUCUGGGAAGUUUCUUUGUGGGAGAAGAUUUGAGUGGUUUGUUGCUUUUUUCUCAUAUGCCUCUCCAGAACUAAUACGGGUGGUUCACAGUGUUUCAGAGAAGCUUCAGAUUAUCUUUCCAUGUUGUCUAUGUGACUGAGACAAGUGGGUCAUAUUGUCUAUGGCUUUUUUCUUUUUUUUUAUACUGUGGUAUUUAAUAAGGCAUAUAAUCAGUGUCUAAAAGAUGUGCAUUUUCCUCCAUGCGAGGGAAUGACAGGGAAAUAUCCACAUAGGGAAAAAUGUGAAAAAAACAAGAAUUGGACUUAUGGAAAAUUCUGUGGAUUUCAAUAGUGAGGGAAAACCUAUCUAGAGUUUUCUAGACUGUUGAAUAGGAUAUAUGCUGUAUAAUUUCAUAACCUGAUCUCUAGAAAUGUGUAGAUAGACUCAUUCUUUGUGCAGUCUAAUGAGUUUGAGGAGUACUUUGUGAAAACUUUAAAGCUUACGACACUCUAUAAAGUUUUUUCAUAAAGGUCAUGACUGUCUGUGAAUGAAAUUCCAGCCUAUUUCUGAAAGAUGAAAAAGGCUAUUUUUCACAACCUCUCCACAAUCCAGAUGAUAAAUGUAUCUGCUUCUCUAAUUGAAAGGAACUUGACUGGAGAUAGCAGGCCACCCAUAAUCACUUGCUACUUGAGUAAGCAUCCAGAGCUGAACUGGGAAGGUGAUUUGAAUACACAUGAAAGGUUUGUAUAACCUGGCCUUUUCUUAUGUAAUAUGCUUGCUGCUUGUGUGUAUCCUCUAUCAGAGAGAGUUACCUGGAACCUAAAGCACAUUUUCCAAAAAAGCCAUCAUUAUAUAGUUACCUAUUGAAGCAUAUGGAAGGCACAGGUGCUCUGUGAGCAAAAUUUGGCUUCCAGUUCUUUAUCCUGGUGAGGGUGGAUGAAUUGUACAGUGUCCAGCCAAGUGCUCAGAGUGCAGAUUGAACAGUGAGGCUGAAAAUAGUAAGGAAAUGUAAGCUGAGUAUACCUGAUCUAUUGUCAGGGUUGCUUAUUUUUGAUCAAUUAUACUGCUUGAUUUAAACUCAGAAAAUGGAGUGGGGGAGAAAUAAGAACAUCAGAUUGGCAAAAUCUUGGCAGAUUUGUUAUAUUAAGAUUUGGAACAAGUGCUGGAACCAGCAGCUUUGGGCUGCCCUAAUAAUGCAUGAAAAGUGACUACCUCAGAACAUCGGAGAUGAGCAUGUUUCAUCUCUAAGGCAUAGUUUCUGGCUCACUUACAUGUUGAGGGGGAUGUAGGGAAUUACUAAGUGGUACAUGAAUAUUCUGUGCUAAAGCCUUGAUCAAAGAAAGUAGCUAGGAAAGCGAGGCACCUUAGAACUACUAAGUCAUUGGUUUGGGCCUCUACCUUCCUAGCAGCUGUUAAUCUUCCCUUUAUGACCAUUGAUGUAAUUUGAUGAAUGUCAGAUUAUUGCUUAAUUGUUCCCUUGCUUCUUUUCAGUGAUGGCAUCAGAAAUGACAUAAUGCUAGUGCUCCUGUUCCUGUUGUCUUAUGACUUAGAGGGAGGGCAGAUCUUAUUUACUUUACCUAAGAUACAAUGGAGUGCCCCUGUUUAGGCAGCUCUGGACCGCACCCAUCCAGUUCAGUCAUAUGAGAUCUACAGACCCUGCUGUGUUUCACAGGAUGAGUUCCUUCCAUUCAGGGCCCUGGGAUUACAGCGACUCAACAAUUUUGCUUGUUUGGUCCAAACCUUAAAGGCAAGAACCAUACAAGAGAAGCUUACAUAAUUUUUUCUUUAUAGACACAUUUUAAGCACUCUUCACAAGCUUUUUGAGUUUUCUUCAACCCCAUUACCUCACACUCUGGGAUGGAGAAGUCAAUCUGCUUCUUCAGUUUCUGUGCUUCUAAAUCAGCAACUUCUGGGAAACCGCUGACAAGUCACCCACUUCCCUUUUCUCUCUUACCCCUUUAAGACUUUAAAUCAUCUUUCAUGGUAAGGUUGAAGCAGAGAACAGAAUUUAACCAUAACUUUAAGAUGAUAAAACGGUGAGAUGCUGUGAAGGAAGCAGCCCUCUGCCCUGAUUGUACUCACCUCCCACAGCCCUUGUGCAGAUACUGAUAGACAGCUGACCCCACAACAAACCUUUAUACUCUACUGCAAAAGGGAAGAGGGAACAGCUGUGAGCAGAUGGAGAAUGAGCAUUAUUCUCAGCAUCUGGCAUUUAUAUCAGGUUAGGUAAACUGUGAAAGUCCAUUUUGAAAUUGUAUCUCCAUGACAAGUCUAAGCUGCCAAAGGAAGCUGUCAUGCUUCCUGCCUUUCCUCUCCAACAACUGUAUGCUUCUGCUGCCUAAGAAGCAUGAGUAUUAACAUUCAUUUGGCUGCUCAGGAACUGGCACCAAUGAAAAUGAACUCAGUUCCCUAUUAAAAAAAGAGUUUCAGCAAUUUUAAUUGCUUCACUUGGUGAAACAUUUUUUUCUGGAUGGAAUAUCCCUUGUUUGUUGUUCAGGCAACUCUAUAAACAAAUCACCAUUUCCCUUAAACUAAUUGUUUGACUUUUUUUUUCUUUUCUCUUUUUUUUUUUUUCCCCAAAAAGAAGAACAAGAAAGGAAAUAGAAAUGAAACCCAUUCCAAUACCGAGAUUAUCAGCAACACCAGCUUAAAACUAGAAAAAUAUAAGUAACAGAUUCAUUGUGAAUUUGAUUCCGCUCCCCUGUAGUAAUCUGACAGGGAAAGAUUGCUAUGCCAUGGCUCAGGGAAGGAAAAAAUAAACAGGGAACAUGUUAGCAAAGUAGUGCCUAUUAGAACUAAACGUAUGUGUAGCACAGCCUACAGUCAUUAAAGCACAGUCUCAAAUAUGAAUGCAGGCUGCAAAGUCAACAUCAGGUGCCUCUUCUGUAUGACAGUUGUUUAGCAGACUAAAUAGUAGUGAAUCUGCACAGGAACAGAAGAGUAAAACUUGACACCUGUGUCAGAGCAAUGUCUUUCUUCAUCUCAGAAUGCAUCUAGAAGCCUGAGCAAGAAUUAACUGGGGUGGGAAAGAGGACAGAUAGUUAUUAUGUUAAGAAAUGGACACAGGAGACCUGCAUUACAACAUAAGGGUCUAUUUACUUUUUUUCCCAAAAUAGGGAAAAAAAGUGGUAUCUUCUCUUUGGUAAUCAAGAGAAGCUCUAUAAAUGUCUGUUGUUGGUCCAUAAGAUGGACCAAGAGAAAAAGGUGGUGGAUUGGUUUUUGUUUUGUUUUGUUUUGUUUUUUGUCAGUGCAGAUACACAAUGCUGGAAUUGGAAAAAAUUAGUCAGUCCAGGACUCUGAGAAAGAGUAUGUUUACUAAAACUGUGGAGACUUGGUUCUUAAAGUUACGAAAACUUGUUCAAGUAAGAAGUCUCUCAGUGCAGAUGUCAAAGAACUUAUGUACUGAUGAGUGGUAGCUGCUGUCUUCUAGAGGAGUUGCAGUGUUCUGUAAAAAGAAUGUUAUCUGUUUUUAUUGGGGAUGUUUUGCAUGUGCUGGUCUUGUUUCUGCUUUUCCCUAAGGGAGCAAAUGUCCGUGCUAGUCAGACAAAAACAUCUAAAAUGGAUUUUCUCCAUGUUGGAAACAAGAAUAUGUGAAUGAAGAUUUACUUGUAAUGAGAUAAAAUCAUCUAGUACAUAUUUACUAGUUUGCUGGAUUCAUUUUCAUUAGGCAUGGAACUCCAGUGAUAUGUUGGAGGUUAAAAGGUUAGGAACCCUUUUCUAAAGCUCUGCUGAGCUUCCAUGGGGCAAAUGCAGGUGGGCUUCACUUCUUUUUGGAUAUUGCAUGUGAGCAAUGUAGCAAGCCAAAAGCUCUUUCGCAGGCAUAUAUUCUUGUUUGGCUUCAUUUUCUCUUCUCUGGUUUGUGGAUAUUGUGGAUUAUUGGAGGUCUCUGAGAAUCCCUAGACAACAUGGUAGGAACUCAGAAGUAAUUUCGCAGGGAACAUAAUUUAUCUCUUUUCAUAUAUAGGAGGGUCCAGACUGAGGAUCUGGGAGAUGCAAGGGUGGUUGAUGGGACUCUGGGGUGUCACGGGGAAUGCAUUCCUGGAGCAUGUUUAAAAGUAAGUAAAGGUUUGGGGCUCCAGUUAUUGUAUUCUUAGUUUCUGAAACUGCUUUAUCACGAGCAUAUGGGACAAUGGAAGUUGCAGCAAAGCAAUUUUAAGACCAGUCUGUACACAUUUUCUGUAGGGGAAGGCUGCAUGGUGAUUAUUUGUAUUCUUUCAAAUUAGUGUUUACAGAGAUGCAUUAAUGUUUGGUGGGAAAGUAUGGAAUGAAUGGAAGUAAAACGAAAAGAGGAAGAGGUCCACUAUUGUAAGCUUUCAUCCCUACCUAGCCCUUAACGAUGAUUUAUUUGCCUUUGGUCUUCCAGCUCCAAAACAUGUUUGCCUGAAAAGUUUUGUUGAAUAUACUUCGCAUGUUUUGAUAAUGUGACUUAUGAGGUAACACUUCUACGAAGAUAUAUAUAUAUAUAUAUAUAAAUGCACACAUAUACAAAUACAUACAUACACAUACAUACAUGUACACACACUACAUAUAGACUUAGGAAACUGUAUGGCAUUAUACACCUCCAUGCCUGUAUGUGGCAGCAACCACAUAGGGGAGGUAGCUCAAAAUAGCAUGUACAGUCCUUUAUGGAGUUGUUAUUAAACAGAAUGUGGUCUUGCCAUCCUG